UCUUGUGAGAAAAAGAAAGUUUCAUCGGAGAGAGCUCUGUCUUAGGGCGAACCGUUCUUUAUGGUCCGACGGGAAAUUUCGAUGCUUAAAUUUUCUAUUAGUUUGCGUUUAGAUUCUUACUUGAUACCAGCGAUUAAUUUCACCAAAUGUAAGAGUUCUGUCUCUCGACUUUCUAGUCUUCGUCAUGUCACUAAAUCGAUUCGUUGACAGUUAUCCUUGAUCUUUGCAACUUAACUCAUGGGUCUUGUUUAGACUACUUAGUCUAUGCUUUUGACAGAAAAUUUUGCUAGAAAUUUUCCAUUGAUUUUGAUGCUGGCAUAUUAGUCCAUGCUUAACUUUUGGGGUUGAAUACCUAUUUCUUAUAAUGUAUGUAAAGUUUGAUGCGAUUUGAAAACUAAAGAAUCAAUUAAUGAUUUGUUUGCAUACUUGAAUGAGUGGGUUUAUGCACGUAUGUUUGAUAUAUGUUCCGUGGUAACAAUGAGAACGCUGUGUUGCUGAAAAUGAGAAAUGCGAUUUCGAGUGCUUGUUGUCACUAAGGAGCUCAAGGUGCUUGCAGAAAUGAUUGUUAGAACCUUAGUUCCUAUAUCUCAAUGUUUGUAGAAUUCGUAGUUAACACCUUCCUUUCAUUUAUUUUGAUGAAUAGCUCAAUUAUUUCAUGUUCCUAAAUGCUGACUUCAAGCAUUAACCCGUGUUGAUAUUGGAAUAAGUUAGCUACUGGUUGGAGACCAUUAUUGUUGAUUUUGUUACAAGGGGAUUUACCUGCUUAGAGUAUAUGGUUUGUGUACAACAGAGCAUUUCUGAUGGGAUUUUGUUAGCUGUGUUAAGUUUCUGUUUUGAACAGCUAUAUAUAUGUGAACCUGGCUAUCACAACACACAGUACAGAUUUGUGUAUGGACAUCAUUGCAUUUAGGCCUUUUCCAACUUAGGUAGUGAAUUGGUUCAUCUGAUGUAAUCUGGAGGGUUUCUUUGGCAUGUUGUUGCUUUUGCUCCUGGAUUGAAAUUAACUUGAAUGAAGGCAUGGCUAGGUUGAGUACAAGGGUACAGAUUGUACUGUUCCCAUAGGUAGAUUUUUAAUUUAAUUUUUACUUGGUGUUUGGUAGAGAUUAGUGAACUAGAGCAAUGUGCAGGCACUUAAGUUACUUUAUCAACUAUUAUCCAUGAGUAUUUUGAUGUUUAUUUGGAAUUGAGAAUUUCGAGCUGAUGUAUAUAUUACUACUUGUACUGAUGAGAUAUAUCACCAUUGGAUUUGAGGAGUUUGGACAAACAAGUUCAUGGUACCGAUUUCUUAUUUUGUGAAAGUGUUGGGUCAGUGUCCACAGACUUCAUUUUAGACUUAAUGUAGAUAUUAUGGCAUAUUUGAGCUUUACUUUAUGUCACGUGAAUUCAUGAAAUAUCCCCUAUUCGUAUCAAAUGCUAUGAUCUGUAAAUUCAUGUUUGUGAUAAUUUUCCUGCGAUAAUGGAUACUCUUAGAUUUUUCAACUGUGCUUGCUAUAGUUGGCAUUAGACAUUUAGACUAUGCUAUGGUUACGGUUGACACAAUUUUAUGAGAGAUAAUUCCUACUAUUGUGGGUAGUUCAUAUUAUCUAAAAUUAAUAUUUGAUGAACUACAGUCUUACUUGAUCCCUUAAAGCUAUGGAGGAGGGUAGACAGGCAGGCGCUUUGCGGUGCAACACAACUGCACGAGGUUGUUCAUACCAUGUGUUCAGAGAUGAUGGCAAUCUUAUCUGAUUAUGUCAUUGGUCAGAGGCAGUUGCAAUUAGCCCACUAGCUGUUCAUAAUACCUUGAGGGAUGGUUGCAAUCUCUUCGAGGUUGUUCAUAUCAUCAAAUGAGAAAUGAAAAGAUGAUUUGUUCUUGCCAGUUAAUGUCAUCUGAUAAACUGUGCAACACUUGAGAAAGAGAUGAUUAUUAUUACUUGAGAAAAUUUAUAUCAUCUGGAUCAGUGCGUGAGAUAUGAGAUGACUGUUACCGUUAGAGGUAAUUCAUAUUAUCUGGCUCAUUACGUGAGACAAGGGAUGAUUAUUACUGCUCGAGGUAAUUCAUAUCAUCUGAAAAGUGUGGUUGCUACAUAUGGUGGCAGUUCAUAUCAUCGAGCUAGAAAUGGUUGCUAACUUUCUAGAGUAAUUGAUAUGUACUUAGCUGACAGGUCCCAAUGAGGAUGAGCUAAGGCUGGUUCCUACAGGGAUGAGCUAUGGCUACUAACUGUGGGGUCCAUUUGUGGAUGAGCGAGUAACUGACAGGUCCCUGUAGGGAUGAGCUAUCGCUACCAACUGUCAGGUCCAAUCCAAGAUGAGCAUAUGAUACUUAAUCAUGUCGGUAAAUCGAUGAGCAUUGGCUUGGUAAUCGAAUUGAACGGAAAAAUUCGAAAACCCGGUUUCUCGAUUGGCGUAUCGAGAAGUCAGAGUUUGCCAUGUUAGAAGUGAAGAUUUUGCUGUCCGUAUAUAUAUAUCGUAUGUUUUUAUAAUAGAUAAUCUUACAGUUUAGGGGUGUGUGUGUUCAUUGUGCACUCACGCGUGUGAAUCUGUGAUAGACCGGAUUGAGGUAGACACCAAAUACUGUAAGUUAUAUAUUACUCUAGUCAUUAAUGUAUAAAUGCCUCCACCGGGUACAGUUAGCUGACGGUAGAGUUUUGGGUAUCUGAAUCCUCUACACCUUAAGGUUUCACUCUGAUUGGCUGUGUAGCAAGGUGAUGUUUGUUUGAACCUUGAACUAAAGUUCAAAAACAUCAUUUAACCCUUGCUACCUCGUCAAUGAGCUGUUAUCAGUUAACAUCAAACACUUUGUCUCUGUGCAUGCUUGUUUAAAGAAGAAUACAACAGAUGGAAUGAGAAAGAAGAAUCUUGUUCACACCCCUUGUUGGUUAGAGACCCAGAUGCAUGCCCUCUUAGACAGUUUUAGUUCAGAAGCUCACCAUAUAUUAAAUGUGCAUCAGUCUGUGUUUUAUGAAAAUAAAUGUAGUUCUAGUUUAAAUCUUCCUUCUGGUCAGUCUUUCUCGAAGUGUUAUACGAAACCCCAUCACUGACCAUAUGGAGGAUGACACUCCACUACAAGAACAAUUGCUGAAGAAGAUUCAAGAGCUUGAGGUUAGAGAUGCCAAACUGAGAGAAGAAAUGGCAAAAUUAGUUCGUUCUGGAGACAGUUCCGGCAUACAUGUUGAUUUUGGAAUUAAAACAGAUUGCAGUAACCAGUCUCCCUUAUAUUCUUCAGUUCAACGACCAGGACCAACCAGUUCAUUUAGAGAGAUUGGUGGGGGUCAUGGUGACGAAACCGUGCCACCAUGGGAAACUGGUUCAGCUUCAUCCAAAUACAAAAAGGGAUGUAUCCUUGACUGUCUGAACCCCGGAAGCAGUAGUAUGAGUUUCACCGCUAAACAAUCAUACAAUAUCUUGCAGUCAAUGGGUCAGGCAAUUCAUGUCAUUGAUGACAAAGGUCUGAUACUUUACUGGAAUCGGCUGCUGAAGACAUGUAUGGUUAUUCUGCAUCAGAAGCCAUUGGUCGUGAUGUCCUUCGCCUAGUUGGUGAAGAGCAAGCCUAUAAAGAUGGAAAAGAAAUAGUUGACAGAAGUGCCAUGGGGGAAAGCUGGACAGGGUUGUUCCCGGUCAUUAAUAAACAAGGAAGACGAUUUCUAGUCAUUGCAACUAAUUCACCAUUAUAUGAUGAUUGUGGUACUUUGAUUGGGUUUAUUGGUGUAACUUGUGACUCAGAGCCCUUCCAUGAAAUUCCAACUACGUUUACUUCUAGAAAAAAUCCUUCUAGGGAAGCUGCAUAUCCUAACUCUAGUCAGCUGUCUAAAAGUGGUGCACCAGCGACUGCUGCCGGUCUUAACUCCCAGCAGAAACCUUUCCAAGUUACACUUGCUUCCAAGCUGUCUACUUUGACGUCAAGAAUGACCAAAAGUGUUUUACGGUGGAUGCCAAGAACUCGGGCGAAAACCAUGAAAUACGAAAUCCAAGGUGGAAGUAGGCCGGAGCAAGGUUUCUUAGCAGAAACUGUUAUCUCUGACUCUGCAGAGUACACACAACUGAAAAUGUACCAGGAAAGAUUUUUUGGAGAUUUUGGUGGCGAGGAUGAAAGUAAGAUAGGAGUCUGCAAAAUGGUAACUUCUAAAGUGGCGGGCGUAUACUUGCCAUGGGAAAGUGGGGCACAAGACGUGCCGAUGAGAAGGACUGCCACCCAUGAUAUCUAUCCCAGCUUAAAUCGUGAACUAAAGGUUGACUUUGAUCAACAGAAUCGUCCGGUCUCACCAAAUAAGGUUGUCGAAGGUUACCUAUUUAGUGGAAGUAAAGCCUACAGUUACUCAUCAUCUUCUUGUAGCGGAAACACUACAAGUAGUUUGGAUGUCACUACUGGUAGUAGUAGUUGCAGUAGCUCUCCUUGUCGCAGCAUCAUGGAGCCAGACUCCUUGAGCUAUGACAUCUUGUGGGGUGACUUGAUACUUGGUGAACAAAUUGGGAGAGGCUCAUGUACGACUGUGUAUCAUGGUCUCUGGUGUGGCUCGGAUGUUGCUGUAAAGGUAUUUUCUGAAUUUGAGUACUCAGAAGACUUGCUAGGAACCUUCAGACAGGAGGUUUUGCUUAUGAAGGGGCUCCGGCACCCAAAUGUUCUACUGUUUAUGGGGGCAGUAACUUCACCUAAACAUCCGUGCAUUGUCACUGAGUUCCUCCCACGUGGGAGUUUGUUUCAGUUGCUUCGACGUAACCCUCCUGCAUUAGAUUGGAAACGGCGUGUUCUCAUGGCUUUGGACAUUGCACGAGGUUUAAAUUAUCUUCAUUGUUACAACCCACCAAUCAUUCAUCGCGAUGUGAAGUCCUCAAAUCUGUUGGUUGAUAAUAACUGGCAUCUCAAGGUUGGGGAUUUUGGUCUCUCGCGACUCAAACAUGCAACCUUCUUGACAACAGAGAACGGGAAUGGAACGCCACAAUGGAUGGCUCCAGAGGUUAUAUGUAAUGAGCCGGCGGAUGAGAAAUCCGAUGUUUAUAGCUUUCGAGUUGUAUUGUGGGAGCUUGCCACCGGAAGAAUUCCUUGGGAUGGUCUGAUCCCAAUGCAGGUUUCAUGGACCAACAUAUUGAGAUCCCUGACGAUGCCGAUCCAAAAUGGGCAUCUCUCAUCAAGACUUGCUUGCACAGGUUCAUAUUUUGUGACAUGCUUUCUAUAUGUCUGUAUCCACUCCAUUUUAGUUAAGAACACAAAAAUGCAAGGCAAUUUCAUGUCGUUCAAUCUUCUCCUUAAUUUCUCAUUAUUUUUGCAUUUGGCACCUUAGUGACCGAAAAUGCCGGCCAACAUCCGGGGAGCUGCUUGAAAAAUUGAAUGUUAUGCGGAGAUAUUAUUUUGCUCAAAACCCCAAAUAAGUUUAUCCUUAGCAUGGGGGUGGCAGUUAAAGUCAGUAUCGGUACUACGCAUUUGAAUACGAGGUUGAUCUCUACAAGCAUGCCAUACCUGUAAAUGCAUCCUCUGAUCGUAGUAUCAGUAUGGCUUCACCUAGGAAACCAGUUCGGUUUUUUUGUAUUUAUUUAUUUGCAAAACCAGUCCGUCCGUCCAAAGAAGCAGACGAAUUGUGAUGCUAUGGCUUUAAAUUUGGAUGUUGCGUAAUAUUGGAAUCAAAAGGAGUAGUUUGAUAUGAUUGAAUAUUUUUUUUAUGUACAAUUUAUUGAUUGAAUUACAAUCCAAAUGGAUAGUUAUUACUGCUUAAAA